GAGCGCGAGAAGGGUCAGGCGCGCAGGGCGUCCGCGCAGCUCGGCUCCGGGAAGGGCGCGCAGCCUCCGCCUCCGGGAUGCGGCCGCCCGCGCUGCUGGCGCUGCUCAGCUGCUCCGCGGCUUUUGCUUUGGUGUCUGAAGAGAGAAAAGAAAAGGUCAAGCCUUCCCAGGAUUUGGAGCAGAGUAGUCUACCAAGGAAACAUGGCGUAGACUUAAAAGAAAUUGUGUUUGUCAUCCAGAGUCAAAGUAAUUCUUUUCAUGCCAAGAGGGCGGAAGAGCUGAGAAGGGACAUCUUAAAGCAGGCAGCAAAUCUGACACAGGAUCUCCCCAGAGUGCUCCUUCUCCAUCAGUUGGCGAAGCAGGAGGGCGCUUGGACCAUCCUUCCCUUGUUACCGCACUUUUCUGUAACGUAUAGCAAGAAUUCAGCGUGGAUCUUCUUCUGUGAAGAAGAGACGAGAAUACGAAUCCACAGACUCCUGGAAGCACUCCGGCGAUAUGACCCGUCUAAGGAAUGGUUUCUAGGAAAAGCAUUGCACGAUGAAGAGUCGACCAUCAUUCACCAUUACGCCUUCUCCGAGAAUCCUACAGCCUUUAAAUAUCCCGACUUCGCUGCUGGCUGGGCCCUUAGUGCCCCACUCGUAAAUAAAAAGGGAACGCCAGUGAAAAAGGAGGAGGUUUUUGUUGCAGUGAAAACAUGCAAGAAAUUUCACGGCGACAGAAUCCCCAUCGUAAAGAAGACAUGGGCGGCACAGGCAAGCCUUAUUGAAUACUACAGUGACUUCGCAGAAAGUCCCAUUCCCACGGUGGACCUGGGAAUUCCCAAUACGGACAGAGGUCAUUGUGGAAAGACGUUUGCCAUUUUGGAAAGAUUUCUGAAUCGCAGCCAUGACAAAAUAGCAUGGCUGGUCAUUGUGGAUGACGACACGCUAAUCAGCAUCUCCAGGCUCCGACAUUUGCUUAGCUGCUACGACUCCAGGGAUGCGGUGUUUCUGGGUGAGCGCUAUGGCUACGGCCUGGGCACAGGUGGUUACAGCUACGUCACAGGAGGAGGAGGCAUGGUCUUCAGCAGGGAAGCCAUCCGGAGACUUCUCGCCAGCAACUGCCGAUGCUACAGCAAUGAUGCUCCCGACGACAUGGUCCUGGGCAUGUGCUUCAGCGGGUUGGGGGUCCCUGUGACCCACAGCCCCCUCUUCCAUCAGGCUCGGCCAGUCGAUUACCCCAAGGACUACCUCUCCCAUCAGAUUCCUAUAUCAUUUCACAAACACUGGCACAUUGACCCGGUGAAGGUGUAUCUCACCUGGCUGGCGCCCAGCGAGGAAGACGACGCCACACGGCAGACACAGAAGGAUCCGAGAGAAGAGUUAUAGACGUAAAACCUGGGAGGAGCAGAUGAAGAGAUUCGCCCCAUGGGCUGGGCUGUGGCUCGGCUGCUUGUGUAGGCCACAGGAAACAGACACUUCUCAGCCUUUGUGGAAAGAGGGUAUUUCUUGAUGGGUGGACUCAUGGGGGAACCUGGGGAAAAUCACUUGUUUUGAUUGAUGUUGUUAUUGUAACGCAGUGAUUACUGUGCCUUUUUUUUUUUUUUUGGUCUGGGCUUUGUGACUGUCACAGGAAAUAAAUGGUACCGGAAGUCCUUUUCUGUUCUCUUCAUUAGAGUGGAGAUUCUAACACAAGACUAUGACUGACUGUUAUGCUGUGUAAACAUCGAGUCUUUUACAUGGAUUGCCAGUGGAUGCACCUUUAAGCCAGCGGUUCUCAACCUGUGGGGUGUGACCCCUUUGGGGGUAAAGUGACCCUUUCACAAGGGUCACCUAAGACCAUCAGAGAGCACAGAUAUUUACAUUACAAUUCGAAACAGUAGCAAAGUUACAGUUAUGAUGUACAAAAAAUAAUAGUAUGGCUGGGGGUCACCACAGCGUGAGGGAUUAUGAAAGGGUCACAGCAGUAGGGAGGUUGAGAACCACUGUUUUAAAGGUCCUCCUAUUGAUGGUGAAAGUUAGUUUCCCGGGAACUCAGUAGGAAGGAGAUACUGAGGCUGACUCAUAAAACGUAAAACCCGGUGUGAAAUCCCCUGGCUGUACAGUCGUGGCUGCUGUGUUUUACCUUCUCCGACGGCUGCACCCC